AUGAGACCAACGUCCAAGAAAUCAAAAGAUGCCACCGGCCUCAAAGCUGGCGGCAUCCGGUUCCAGCGUGACAAGGGUCAGCACAUUCUCAAGAAUCCCCUUGUUGUUCAAAGCAUCGUGGAUAAGUCGGGUAUCAAGCCCAUCGAUACGGUUAUGGAGGUCGGUUCCGGCACGGGAAAUCUUACUGUCAAAUUGCUGGAAAAAGCCAAAAAAGUUUGUGCGUUUGAGGUAGACCCCAGAAUGGUGGCGGAACUCCAAAAACGGGUUCAAUAUACGUGAGUAUGUGCUCAUUUUGUAGAUGGAGUUUUAUGAAAGAUAUUUUGAAUUCUCAAGGAUUUUAUUAGAUUAUAAGUAAAACAUACGUUCCAUCACAGACGGAAGUCAUUUAGAGCACUGCCACUUGUUUUGGAAAUUAUUAGAACGUAGAUCGCAAGUGGUUUUCAUGCCACACUUAUAUCCUUUUAAGUCGUUGAAGAUACAAGCAUCGCGCACCAUUUUCAAACUUAUGUCCGAUGAGAAUUGCGUCAACUAAUUACGGAUUGCCACUGAUCUACCUUUAAAGUCGCUCAUUGACUUCCUAGCCAGAUGUGUCAUUUACAUGCUAUAUUUCAAUAUACGUACAGUCAGUAGCUGGUCUCAGUAAAUGUUAGCCGAAAUUCUGAUAUGCGUUUUCGGUUAGGAGCGGUUACCUAGGUGGGGUUGUAGUACUGAUUAUAAUGCGGCCUAAUCCUAUAAUGUCUUGGACUCGCCAAGAUGUCGGCUUUGGAAUAUGCUUCUUUUGAUCUCGCGCAAAGACCGCACUUGGUAAAAAAUGACCAUUUAAGUAGUAUGAAUUCUUCGCGUUGAUCUUCGAUGUCCUUAUAAAUUCAAACACAUUUUCUAAUAAGACAUGCACAAAAUAUGCAUUCUUUUACUUAUUUUGUAGCAAAUCAUAUGGUCUGCAUAUUUUAUACUCGAAGAAAGUGUAUAUUUGGGCUUUGAAAAAAUUCUCCAUCUCCCGAAUAAUUUUGAGCCGGAUUAUCCGUUGCAUUAGCGUUUAGCGAUUUCAGUCUACAGGGUAUAUACUUUCCGCUGAAUUAGAAUCAUAUAUUCCUUUACGCUUUAAAGAAGACACCAUGUAGAGUUCAUAAAAUUUUCUAAGAAUUCUGUUUAGUUCAUAUUGACCCAACUGUGAAAAACUUGGCGCCUCGGUGGGAUUCGAACUCACGCAGUAAGGGGAAGGCUUCAGUACAGCCAACGCUCUAACCACUUUAGCUACGAGGCCCCGCUGAAUGACACGAUUUUAAUCACAUUUGGGUUAGGUUACUCGCCCAACUUACUGCAACGUCUGGUAUCCACCAAAUCUAAUACAGUAAGUUGACUUCCAAAAUACCUAUGAUUUACGUGAGUCUGGUAGUCAUCUGGUGGAUUCUAGGUGAAUUACUUGGGAAAUCCUGCUUGGGCAGUCAACUUACUGGUUCAGAUUUCGUGGAUUCUAUACGUUGCAGUAGGUUGGGCGGGUAACUUGACCCAAAUGUGAUUAAACUCGCGUCGUCCGGCGGGGCCUCGUAGCUCCAGUGGUUAGAGCGUUGGCUGUACUAAAGCCUUCCCCUUACAGUGUGGGUUCGAAUCCAGCCGGGGCGCCGAGUUUUCCACCGUUGGGUCAAUAUGAAUUAUUCAAAAUCUGCCAAAAUACCUAUGAAGUCUGUUUAGAUUUAAAGACGACUGGUGUCCUUUCCACAAACAAAAACAAUGUCCUACCUCUGCCACCAACUGACUUGCUUUUCUUUUAUCAUUUACAGUCCUCUACGAAGCAAACUGGAGAUAAUAGUAGGUGAUGUCAUCAAAGCCACGAAAUGGCCCAAAUUUGACUUAUGCGUGGCCAACCUGCCCUACCAGAUAUCCUCCCCCUUCAUUGGUCGGCUGAUUACUGUGGAGAACCACUUUCGAGCUGCCAUUGUCAUGCUGCAGAAGGAAUUUGCUGAUCGACUUCUCGCCCAACCCGGAUCCAAAAUCUACUGCCGUCUUUCAGCCAACGCCCAAUUUCACUUCAAAAUAGCCCAGCUCAUUAAGGUAGUACACAUCGAUACCCCCAGCAGUUUGAAAUUUCUGUGGCAGCAAACAUACCCGCUUGCCACUUUUUCGGGUUUAUCGAUUGACAUUUACAAUCAUGUUAUCGUUCCCUCUAAAACAGGUUUAUCAAACCCCAUGUCGGCAACAAAAUUUUCAGAUAAUGAGGACUCAGAAAGGCAAAUAGUUGUUUCGUCACAUCCACCGGCCUCUAUUUACUACUCUGCCCACGUCGUUUGAUCUUGUUUUUGUCCCAAGGGGGUUCCUUGUCGAGAUCGACGGCGCAGCCCGCAUUCCGCAAACUCAUAACCCUAGGCAGGUUUUUGAAGCAAGGACUGUACAUGCCAGACUGAUGCAGUGUCAGGCCUUCAAUAGAUGCUUCCAACGUUCUUUGAGCCACUUCAACAUUGCAGUUUUUCAGGAGAUAAAGAAGAUGCGAUCACUGGGACAAGAAGUUUAUUGGCCUGACGUUUCGAAUUCUCACUCCAACCCAUCGUCAGAGACAGUCGCAGAUAAGGGUCCAGUGGUCGACUUACUCCAUCCCACACCCAAUUGACAGAUAGUUUUAGCCAAGAUGGUGAAAGCUAUUUAUUAGCCUAAGGAGUCUCCGUCCACUCCGAGUGGGCAGACAUCUUUGUCCUAAAUAACCGAAACGAACAUCUUUGCUGUGAACGAGUGCAUUGUCGAGCCAACGUCGACUGGUUUCGCGCCUAUUGGAGGCACUGGUCGUCGCAUUUAUGCAGAGGAGCUCCUCAGCGCCACAAUGGCCUUGUGUAGCUGUGUAAUAGAAAGAGAUCCAACGAGGGCAGUUCCGGAGACUACGUGCAGUGCCCAAAAGACUCGUAUUGCGAUGGUUCUUGCACAGACUCGUCGGGCGACCCGUAUCACCAGGGUUCAUACACAGUGGCCCGCUACCCUUCCCGAAUGUCAGUGUGAGGGCAAGGUCUCCCCGGUCUGUUGGCACGGUCCCUGUUUUCAAAAUUUGACGUUGCGGAGUUUACUAGGGUUUUGCACUUUUGCAGCCUUUGCACAGAAGUUUACGAGGGGCAGUCUCACGGUGGACGAGUGGAAAUGGUCUGUUUGUCCGAAUGCGUGGGCUUGUCAACUUUCCUGGUCGUGCGGCCUAUUUGUCUUGCAUACAUGGCGACGAAAGAGUGCGCAGUCAGUCCACAUCGGACCCCCACUCUUAACACCAAGGCGCAUUUUGGAGGUUACCAAUUGUCGAAAUAACCCAGUCCUAAUCAGUACUAUUGGCCAGGUCACAGUGCUUCCUUAGUUAGUUUUUACGGAAAGCUCACUUUUGCAAGAUACUUAACCCGUCCCAUUGGGGCCAGCACUCGCAUAGCAUGCGUAGACGUGGUCUCAGCCUCCUAGGUCAUUACGCUCGGGCCCCUCCUUUGCCACCUUGAUCUUGCCUUGCCAGUGGAACAUAGCGGGCGCGGGCGGACGGGCGGUUUGUAAGGUAGGCACUGCAGAAGCCGGCCUUAGUUCAGAGAAUUCCAUACGUAAUUCAUCACUGCGCCCCCCUCGAGUAAGCAACAUUUCUUAUUGUUUGAGUCGCACGGAUUUGCCAUUAUCACUUCGUGAUCACUUAAUUGGCGGGCUAGGCUGUUAUGUGGAUGUGCCGUAGGUGUGGCGACAAAAAUAACUGGCACAUUGUUUCUGUUUCUGUUUCACUCGAAUACCCGCAGGUGAGCCGAAAAAGUUUCAAGCCGCCGCCGCGCGUUGACUCGACUGUGAUCCGGAUCGAGCCACGCCACCCGAAACCACCAGUCUCCUUUGCUGAGUGGGACAGUCUCCUGCGACUGGUUUUCGCUCGGAAGAACAAGACGGUCGCCUCCAACCUGAAGGCCGAAACGAUCACCGCAAUGCUACGCAAGAAUUACCUCUCGGCCUGCAAGGCCACCUCCAUUGCGCCCACACCGCCAGAGGUCGCGGAUGAGCAGUCCGCGGUCGGAAUUGAGGCAAUGGCACAGAAAGUACGCCAAAUCCUCCGCGACGCGGGCUUCGAGUCAUCGCGAGCGCGCUCCAUGGACGAAGAUGACCUCUUGAGACUCCUGCUUGUCUUUCGCAAGGCGGGCAUCCCGUUUGCGUGA